GCACACCAAUGUCGAUACUGGCUUGGAUCAAGGAGUUGGCGUCGUGCCGUCCUGUGACAGUGGUAGUUUGGUUAACCACGCUUGGGCCGUUGGGGCGCCCGAACCGUCACCUCACAUGGCGAGAGUGGCGUGGCGAGUCGCAUUCUUCGCCGCCGUCCUCCUGUGCGCGGUCGCGGGCACGGCGCUGGCCGCGAAGCGUGUGUCCAUCCCGGACGACCUGCGCGACGUGGUGGACGACGAGGAGGACGAGGACUGGCGGCACUGGGGCGUGGGCUCCGCUCGGAGUCGGGGCCCUGCCGGCGACGACCCGCCGCCGGACCUGUCGCGGAUGGAUCCGGCCGCCGUCCAGGCCGAGCUCCUCCACCGCCACGCCGGACCGUCGUUCGGCUUCGUCAAGCUCCGCCCCGGCAUCCCCCGCUCCCAGGAGGAUGUGGUGGGGGUCGCGACGAGGUGGAGCAAUGUGCUGCGGACCGGAUCGGUGGAGACCAAAUUCGUCGCAGUUGACUUUGGAACGCUCAUGUUCACCAUGGAGAGAGGGCGAGAGGUUCUUGAGCUGAAAGAGUUUAUCUUGAACCAGCCAGAUGCCUAUGAGUUUAAGAUUGGUGAUCAAAUUUUCCGCAGACCUGGAGACCCACCCCUGGACCAAGUUCUUGAUAAGCUACAGAAAGAGAAGAGAGACAAGUCUAAAGACGAGCUAUAGGUUCAUUUGCUAAAUUGUACUGCAUGUUGUGUAACAGAAGUUCCUUUGACUGUUCGUUUGUGCAUUCUGCCGUAUUCCUUUUUUUUUAAACAGUUUUUCUUGAGUAGCAGCUAGCAAUUAGUAAGAACAACAAGAUACUAAUCGUUACGAUCUUACAUGGUCAAAUGAUUUCUCUAUGCCAGAAAGAUUGUUCCAAAUACUUUGAGGAAUUGCUGGAAUACGGCAAUCACCAUGUUAUUUCCCUCCUUUUGAAUGAGAGAAUGAAAUCG